AUUUGUGGCUUGAGCUGGAUAUAAUUGCAGUAUGUCGGUCUAUUGUGACAGGUUCAGCCAAAAAGGCAUUCGUUUUCCAACGUAGUUUGUAGUCACUUUAUCAGCUUAUCGUCUGGAUUUCUCACGAAAUGUGGGUUUUUGGAUACGGGUCCUUGAUUUGGAAAGUUGACUUUCCUUACGAGGAGAAGCGAAUCGGUUACAUCAGGGGAUUUAGUCGCAGAUUUUGGCAGGGCAGUACUGACCAUCGCGGGGUACCUGGACAGCCUGGCAGAGUAGUCACCUUGGUAGAAAACCCUGAGGGCUGCGUGUGGGGUGUUGCUUACAAAUUGCCCUCAGGGAAAGAACAAGAAGUCAAGGACUUCCUGGACUACAGAGAAAAAGGAGGCUACAGGGUGAUUAGUGCAAUCUUUUAUGACAAAGAGCCCCAGAGGGAGCCCUGUGAAACUCUAAUCUACAUUGGGACAUGUGACAACCCUAACUACCUUGGCCCUGCUCCCUUGGAAAACAUCGCCCAUCAGAUCCUCAGUUCUGUGGGACCCAGUGGCCAUAACACGGAGUACCUGUUUGAGCUCGCUGAUGCCAUUCGGAACCUGUUACCAGAGGACUCAGACGAACACCUCUUCUCCCUGGAGCGAAUCGUAAAAGAGCUACUCCAAAAAGCACAGGCCUUAGACCAGCCUAAAUAGAUCUAAAGUAGGCCAACUUGAGCCACAUUUUUAGCUGACAUCUACUUUAUUUGUGUAUCAGAUUUGACUAAGGCUUAGAAAAGGACAUCUGUGAUGUCAGAAUGCAGGGGUGACCUCAGGGACAGAUCUAGGACUACAUAUAACCUGUGAGUCAUGUUUUAGAUUUUUACAACUAUUUGAAAACUGACUCAGUGGUGCUUUCAUUUUAAUCAUACCUAGUCAUAAUGAAAUACUAGCAACAGGUUUUACUUGUAACAUAGUUUAAAGUGAGAAAUAGCAACACCUCUAGAUUGGAGUUAUUGCAGCAAAUUUCUUGACAUUCCUGAAAAACAGAACUGGAGGACUAUUCUCUCAGAUAAAACUCACAUUUAGAAAUUCACAAUAAUUAUCUAGCCAUCUUCUUCCAGCAUAAGGCACAAGGCUGAGGCACAUCUUGGAUGGGAUGCUAGUCUAUUGCAGGGUACAUACACAGUUAUACACUAUCGAAGGAUGCAGCCCAUGAAUUCAGACACAGCCCUUGAAUAACAUAGAAAGGCCAGAUAGCUGACCUGCAUGUCUUUGGACUGUCAGAGGAAACCUGUACACACAGAGCAUAAGUGGGAGUUGAACCCCUAGGCAUGAAGGUGUGAGGCAACACUGCUAUUCAAAAUGUAUUUAAAGCUGUAUUUAGAACUUUAUUACAGCUAAUGUGGAUCUCAAAUGAAUGCAGAAUCUAUUAUGGAGAGCACACACUGUAAUUUCCCCUAUUUUUUGCUCCACCUUAAAUUAAUAUUAGCACUUCGAUAUGCCGAGGCCCGCAAACUAGUAUGCCACUUUCCAUACAUCGUGUAUACUUUUCUUUUGUUCGGAAUACUUAUAGGUGUAUAUUGUCUUAAUGUCAAAGUAAAUGUAACUUGGGCAUUAAAGUUUUGAAAAACAGCAGCUUAAUAUUUCAUAGUGAAUAAUUUAAAAAAAAACCUUCCCCCGAAAUAGCUUAAUGACACAAAUCAUCCCACACGCAUAUAUUUACACGUGUGUUAUGUUUUAGGUAGUUACUGUUGCUAAUUAACGCGAAGUGAAGUGUUUGACUUGGUUAAAUAAAUUAUCCAAUACCAGAAACA